AUGACCGCAUCGGAAAUUGCUUCAGCCUGUAGACUAAACGAUCGCCUCGGAAGUGUAAUCUUACGAGCAGCUCGCCAAUUUCCGCGCUUGUCGAUCGAUUACACUCUCCAACCGUUGACUGAGACCUUGCUGAGGGUCAGGGUUCAUGCGAAGCAGGCGUUUGAUUGGUCGGCCAAAACUCACGGGCAAGGUGAACCAUUCUGGGUCUGGAUCGAAGAUGGCAAUCAGCAAGAGAUCCUUCGUAUCAGUCGGAUCUAUCUUCUUCUGAUUCUCUUCCGGAUGAAUUAUGCCUUCGGGUGA